GCACUGCACUACCCCCCCCCCCCCUCCCCCCAACAGUUACAGCAACAACAACAAUUCCAGCUCGCAACUCCAGUUCAAGACCCUCGUUCGACCAGAACUUUUCAAGCGUCUCGCAGCUAACGAGACAAUCUCAGUAAAGAUGACGAUGUCUGCCGCACAAUCGAAGACACAGCUCGCGGAUCUGAAUAUCACCUACCCACUGGCGAGCAUCGUCCACCAGACCGACAGAAAUGGCAAGCAGCAACCAAUUCUCAAUGGUUUUCGUCGCAAGUCCCGCGAAGCAUCGCGUGCGAAGGAGAUGCAGCAGCGAGGGAGUCUUCGCCACAUCUUUGGGAGUGUUUUGUCAAAAUUCAGUCUCAGCGAGCAGCAGGAAGAUCAGCAAAAGGCAAAGCAAGGCAGACCGCUCACUUCCAAGAUUCAGACUGUCGGUACAACGAUUCAGUUGCGUCCGAGUCUCUUGCCGCCAGUUUCCUUCGUCGAUGCCGACAAGAAGUGCCUGGUACUCGACCUGGAUGAAACCCUGGUGCACUCCUCGUUCAGACCAACUAACAACUACGAUUUCAUCAUUCCAGUCGAAAUCGAUGGCUCCACGCACCUCGUCUACGUGUGCAAGCGACCUGGAGCUGAGGAAUUCCUCAUUGAAAUGGCCAAAUACUACGAGAUCGUCGUCUACACGGCCAGUCUCAGCGUCUACGCAGACCCAUUGCUCGAUAAGCUGGACCCCGAAGGCACUAUUCGCUACCGUCUCUAUCGCGAGCACUGCGUCCAAUACGAGGGCUGCUACGUGAAGGAUCUAUCCUUGCUUGAUCGCGACAUCACGCAGACGAUCAUCGUCGACAACUCGCCCAUGGCUUACGCCUUUCACCCUCGGAACGCCAUCGGCUGCUCGAGCUUCUACGAUGAUCUGAAUGACCGUGAGCUGCAGUCAAUCGGACGUUUCCUAACCAAGUUCCAAGACGUGGAAGAUGUGCGCAACCAUGGGAUGCCAACUAUUGAUAUCCAGUCUAUUUUUCCGGUACAAUUUCAUCUUGUAAGAUAA